AUGGCCUCCAUCACUCAUGAUCGAAGUCGGAAGCCAAGUUUCUCUGCUUCGCGAGCGUUCCUACUCAGCAGGGGACCAACGCAUUCCAACAGUAAACCUGAAGUCAGUUCGUACAGCUUACACCCUAUGACCAAGUUCGCGAACUCGUUAAUGUAUGGAGUUGUCAACUCGAUUCGAGCCAUCCCCACCAUGUACGGCUACGCCGCCAUCAUCUUCAGUCACCCGACCUUCUUGCACUACAUGCCGGCUUUGUCCAAGCUCGUCAUCUUCUCCAGCGCAAUCCACCAGCUCAUGUUCACGCUCAUGAGUUCGCUGCCGUUCGCCAUCGGUCAAGUGCAAAACGUCGGUCUCAUCUUUCUCGGCGCCAUGGCCACGUCGAUUUGUAACUCGCUUAACGACAACGACGACGAAGACGUGACUGCGGAGGCCAAGAUUGCCACGACUAUCGUCACUAUGGGCGUCGCGACGGCGUCGUUGGGCGUUUGUCUGGUCAUCAUGGGGCGAUUCAAACUCGCUGCUCUUGCCUCGUACUUACCGAUGCCCGUGAUCGGUGGUUAUCUUGCAUACACCGGCAUCUUCUGUCUCUUUGCCGGGUUUGCAAUCAGCACUGGAUUAGUGGUCAAUGAUUUCUCGUCGAUGCUCGAUGCGUUCAAGGACACUCACAACAUUAUCCUUUGUGUACCAGGAUUUAUCGGUGGUAUAUUACUAUUGGUGAUUUCGAAGAUGUAUAAGAACCCGUUCGCACUAUCGACUGCUAUUGUGGCUAUGCCAGUAUUUUUCUUCUUGGUUCUGGUAGCCGGCAGUAUUUCGCUCGAUGAAGCACGUGAGAGCGGGUGGAUGGAGCCGGCCGAGAAAUCUGCCUCUAUCUCGGAGAUCAUCAGUCUGUACGAUGCCUCUCUGGUUCACUGGGAUCAGAUUCCUAGACAGGUCGUCACGUGGCUCGGGAUGGUCUUGAUCGUCGCCUUCUCUUCCAGUCUGGACGUCGUUGCCAUUGAGAUCGACAUGGGCAGCAAACUCAACAUUAACCACGAACUAAAGACUGUGGGCUGGUCUAACAUUGUGAGUGGGUUAUUCGGAGGGUACACCGGGUCGUACAACUUUGAACAGACCAUCUUCACUUGUCGUUCCAAGACCAACUCACGCAUCGUAGGCGUUUGUGUCAUCCUGGCGGAACUCGCUAUCGUCGCGAUCCCUGUGGCCGUCAUGAGUCAUGUACCCACGUUCUUCGUUGCAGCCACACUCAUCUUCGUGGCGUUGGACCUCAUGCUGGAGUGGCUGAUACUCGCUUAUCGCAAGAUGUACCUGCGUGAGUGCGUCGUCGUGUGGCUGACGUUCCUGGCUAUCAACUUCUUCUCUCUUGAGCUCGGUAUCGUGGCCGGCGUGGGUGUAGCUGCUCUCAACUUUAUGAUCAGCUACGUACAAGUUCCAGUCCUGAAUCCUCGCCCAAUAGCAUCAGCUCCGAGGCCGAACUUUGGCGAAAGCGCAGUGACUCGCUUUUCCGUGGCUGUACCGAAUUUUGGACAGAGUACUAUGAGUUUCCGUCCCAACGCGUCAGUGGGGACACGUAACCUCGCUCAGAGCACCGUGUUCAACGUGAAAAACGCUGGUAUCGCACACUUCGAGUUCUGCGGGUACCUCUUCUUCGGUUCGGCUGUUAAAAUCCUGGACGGCGUUCAGAAGGGCAUCUACGUUCGUAGACAAACAAGCGACAAUGAAGACGAGCGAGGAACACAGCGUGAGUCCAGCUUCCUCCCAAUCCGCGCGUCCUGGAAUGCCCCGGUUGAGUGUCUUGAUGGUACGCCCACAUCGGACGAAAAUGCUAUUCCAACUGAGUUCGUUGUCAUCGAUUUCACUCGCGUAUCCGGCAUGGAUGCGACUGCAGCAUGCAGCGCCUUCGCUAUCUUGCACAACUACUGUAAGAUCCAAGGCAUCCGUGUCGUAUACGCUAAUGUACGUCCAAAUAUCCGUGCUCUGCUGCUGAAGAGUAAAGCAGCGACUGAUGACAGCAUCUUCGCCACGACCGACUCAGCUCUCGAGUUCUGCGCGAAGCAGUUGAUGCCUGAUGCGAAUGGCUCAAAGGAGACUCGUGGAUACGCUAAUGAGCCUAUCAGCUUGUUAUUGCACCGCUAUUUAGGAGAACCCGACAACUCGAGGCUGCUGAAAGGUGUCGACCAGUUCUUCAGUAAGCGUGAGAUCCCUGCUGGUCACGAGUUCUACCACGUUGCAGAGUCCUCGGAACAUUUUUACUUCUUGGCUCGUGGGUCGGUUAACCUGCUCGUGAACGAAGACGGCAGCGUGGACCCCGGCCAACCUCUCACUCAGCUGCAGACUGUGCUGCCUGGCUCCAUGUUCGGUGAGGUUUUCUUCUUCAGCCAGCAGCCUCGUCAAACUGUAGCCAUCGCAGCCGAGCCCUGCACGGUCUUUGAGAUGAGUCGCGAGCAGUUCGACGCUAUGAAGCUCCGAGCCCCCACACUAUCUGUCAGCUUCCUCGACGUGGUAGUACAAUCCAUUCUGAAGUAG